AAACCCAGAGCGCACACCUUCCUCUACCCGCCGCAUAGUAUGAGCUCCCUUCUCUCCAAGCGGACGCAUAACGAUACAGAUGGUUUCAUUACGGCACCCCGCUCUAUGCUAACCGAAACUGCUGUUUAGGAAAAAAUCUCCCUCCUGUUACCGGUUGUGUUUUUUUUUGGAUGCGCCAUGCAAUCUCGCUGGUGGAGUUGUGGCAUUCGGCUGGUGGCAUGGACGUGGGUUUGGAGUGUGGCAUUACUCGGAGCGUGGUGCAUCCCCGCAAACGAAGUGAACCUGCUGGAUUCUCGCUCUGUGAUGGGAGACCUAGGAUGGGUGGCCUAUCCUAAAAAUGGGUGGGAGGAAAUCGGCGAAGUAGACGAGGACUACGCUCCCAUCCACACCUACCAAGUGUGCCGUGUCAUGGAGCACAACCAGAACAACUGGCUCCACACCAACUGGAUCCUGACCGAGGGCGCCCAGCGGGUCUUCAUCGAGCUCAAGUUUACCCUGAGAGACUGCAACAGCCUGCCCGGGGGGGUCGGGACCUGCAAGGAGACGUUUAACAUGUAUUACUACGAAACGGACGGGGACGAAGAGGACAUGGAGGACGGAGAGAUGAGAGAUGGGACAGGGAUGACCGAAGAGGAAGACAGGGCGAUGAAGGAAAGCAGAUAUAUCAAAAUUGACACCAUAGCAGCUGACGAGAGCUUCACCGAGCUGGACCUGGGGGACCGCGUGAUGAAGCUCAACACCGAAGUCCGCGAUUUAGGUCCCUUGAUCCGGAAGGGCUUCUACCUGGCAUUUCAGGAUUUGGGGGCCUGUAUUGCUUUAGUCUCAGUGCGUGUUUUCUACAAACGCUGCCCGUUUCUGGUGAAGAGUUUAGCCGAGUUCCCUGACACCAUCCCGGGCUCAGAGGCCUCGCAGCUGGUGGAGGUAGUGGGCCGCUGCGUCAAUAACUCCCUGCCUUUAUAUGAGCCUCCCAGGAUGCAUUGCAGCACCGAGGGAGAAUGGCUGGUGCCCAUCGGGAAGUGUGUGUGCCAGCCAGGAUUUGAGGAAAUCAACGGAUCCUGUCAAGUCUGCAAAGUAGGGUUUUUCCGCUCGCUGCUGGAGUCUUUGACCUGCAGUAAAUGUCCACCCCACAGUGUGGCCAGGCAGACAGGAGCCACUGCUUGCAGUUGUGACGAUGGAUACUAUAAGAUUGACUCCGACCCUCCCAAUAUGGCCUGCACACGCCCUCCCUCUGCUCCACGUAACGCCAUCUCCAAUGUCAACGAGACCAGCGUCUUCCUGGAGUGGUCCGUUCCCAUGGAAACAGGUGGCAGGAAGGAUGUGCGCUACAACAUCCUGUGCAGACGGGUCUUGCCAGAUGGAAGGGGCUUGGAAGAAUGCGGCCCCAACGUACGCUUCUUGCCACGCCGUGUCGGCCUGUCAAACACCUCUGUGAUGGUGGCCGACCUGCAGUCACACACCAACUACAGUUUCCUGCUGGAGGCUAUCAACGGGGUGUCAGAGCUGGCCAAAGACCACGCGAAGCAGUAUGUGUCACUUAAUGUGACAACUAAUCAGGCAGCACCCUCUCCAGUGAGCGUAGUGAGAAAAGGUCACACGGGGAAGAGCAGCAUCGCCCUAUCUUGGGCAGAGCCUGAUCGCCCCAACGGCAUUAUCCUGGAGUACGAGAUCAAGUAUUUUGAAAAGGAGCAGGACUCCAGUUACACUAUUAUAAAAUCCAAGGAGACUGAGAUGGUGGUGGAAAGCCUGAAGCCCUCUUCAGUCUACAUCUUCCAGGUGCGUGCCAGGACCUCAGCAGGUUAUGGCGCAUUUAGCCGACGUUUUGAAUUCCAGACCAGCCCUUACUUAACUGCUACCAGUGAGCGUGCUCAGGCUUCGAUAAUAGCCGUGGCCAUCACGUUGGCUCUGGUCCUACUGGCAGUAGUCGCUGGAUUCCUUCUCAGUGGACGGCGGUGUGGCUACAGCAAAGCAAAGCAGGAUCCUGAAGAGGAAAAGAUGCACUUCCACAAUGGUCACAUAAAGUUCCCUGGGGUGCGUACCUACAUUGACCCCCUCACCUAUGAAGAUCCCAACCAGGCAGUGCAUGAAUUUGCCCAGGAGAUUGACGUCUCAUUCAUCUCCAUAGAGAGGAUCAUCGGAGCUGGAGAGUUUGGCGAGGUGUGCAGCGGACCGCUGAGGCUGCCCGGGAAAAGAGAGAUCCAGGUUGCCAUUAAGACCUUGAAAGCAGGCUACACAGAGCAGCAGAGACGCGACUUCCUUUGGGAGGCGUCAAUCAUGGGCCAGUUUAACCAUCCAAACAUCAUCCAUCUAGAGGGCGUGGUCACCAAGAGCAAACCAGUGAUGAUCAUCACUGAAUACAUGGAGAAUGGAUCACUGGACACUUUCCUCAAGAAAAAUGAUGGUCAGUUUACUGUAAUCCAGCUGGUUGGUAUGCUGCGUGGCAUUGCAUCUGGCAUGAGAUACCUGUCCGACAUGGGCUAUGUCCACCGUGAUCUUGCAGCUCGUAACAUCCUGGUCAACAGUAACCUUGUGUGUAAAGUGUCUGAUUUCGGCCUGUCCCGAGUCCUGGAAGAUGACCCGGAGGCUGCGUACACCACUCGGGGCGGGAAGAUUCCUAUUCGCUGGACUGCUCCGGAGGCGAUCGCAUACAGGAAGUUUACCUCAGCCAGCGAUGUGUGGAGUUACGGGAUUGUCAUGUGGGAAGUGAUGUCAUACGGAGAGAGGCCAUACUGGGAGAUGUCCAAUCAAGAUGUAAUAAAGGCAGUGGAGGAGAGCUAUAGAUUGCCGGGUCCUAUGGACUGCCCUGAGGCUCUGUACCAUCUAAUGAUGGACUGUUGGCAGCGAGAACGCAGCAACCGCCCCAAAUUUGAUGAGAUUGUCUGUCUACUAGACAAACUCAUUCGCAACCCCAGCUCAUUAAAAAAACUUGUCAAUUCCUCACACAGGGUUUCCAACUUGUUAGUGGAGCAUGCCAGUGUAGAAGGGGACUGCAGCACUCGGAGCCAGACCGUAGGGGAGUGGCUCGACUCCAUCAAGAUGGGUCGUUACACUGAGCUUUUCAUGGAAGGAGGUUACUCUUCACUGGAGACUGUGGCUCAAAUGACAUCAGAGGAUUUGCGAAGAGUAGGAGUGAACCUGGCAGGACAUCAGAAAAAAAUCAUCACUACCAUUCAGGAGAUGAGAGUCCAUAUGAACAACACCAACUCUACUGUAAACAUCUGAUGCAUAUGUACAGGCACAGACACACACACACGCACGCACACGUAUACACAUACAGACAAUAUGUGGACCUAGUAUGUGACGAAAAGACUUGCUGUUGGACCUAGAGCAGCUUAGCACUUUCUACAGACAAUGAAACCCAAUGUUUAUGGAUCUAAACUGGAGGAUCCACAGUUUUGUGGCUCUUGUGUGUGGAGUUUGCUUGUGGUGUUAUGGGGGAUAUUUGACAUUGCAGCACUAAAACCAAACUGAACUGAGUGGUGCUACAUGAAGGGAAGAUGAUGGUGAGCUAAACUGAACUGAACUUAAGUGAAGACUUUUCCUUCUAAUUAUUCCAUUUGUGUGAAUCUUAGGGAUUCUGAUAUCUCUCAGAUAUCUUUGGAUUCUCUCAGAUCAAACAUGAAACAUAGACCGCAGAUCUGGCUCUUAGAGCAACCAGCAAUUUUAUGGCUAUAUCACAAGUAUGGGAGUUUUCAUGCAGCGGUCUCAGACUGAACUUUUUCAGCCUGUCUCAGGUGAUCUGAACCCAGUGGAGUACUGACUUUUUCUCUGGAAGUACAGUUCCAUCACAAGUCAUUGAAUUGAACACCACUCUCAGGCAGGGUAAACAUGUAAUAAUGGACCAAGAGCAAAAUCUUCAUUAGUUUCAAUCUUUGCUUUGCCAUGCUGACGUGCUUUGGAUUUUGCUGUUGCAUUUUGUUGUUGACCUUUUGGCAGGUCUUCAUGCGACAAGACUGCAGUUGUAAUCCAGCUGUAUAACUCACGGAAGGUCCAGACUCAUAUUCAGCAUCAUAUACGUCAUUAUUUUCCAAAGCAAUGCAAGACAAGAGUACAUAUUGCAAUCUUCAUUGUUGUAUUUUAAAUUUCAGCCUCUUUAAACAUAGUCCAUGACAAGGAAAACUUCUGGGUCUGGCUUUGUCCAGAAGAGUUUGGGUCUUAUUGAACCUACAAACAAAGUGUGAAAAGAUACAAGCCUUUAGGCACUAGGAUACUCUUUACUUAACUCUUCUUCUGGCUGAAUGUAUAGCACUACACAGAACACAACGCUGAGUUGCAGCAUCAACUUAUGUUUGAUAUGUAAAUGCUGUCAAAUUGGGAUAGAAUGUGGCAAUAGAACCAUUCUGGUCCUUAAAACCAGCUUCUGAAUCAAGCUGUAGAUUGUGUAAGAGAUUCAGCUGGCUGGUCAUCUUUGCUCUGAAAAUAUGUAGAAAUCUCCACUAAGAUCUUGAUGGGUUCUUACAGAACUCACUCAGCUAUCAACUCCUAAACCAUGCAGAUUCAAAUUUAAAACUGCUUCAUACUGGAUACUUGGCGCAUGUUUUAGUGGAACGUUCAGUCAGAUUCCCGGGAACCUUCGUGUAGGUUCUAGCAACAACAUCCCACAUUCAAAUCAGUCACAUAGCUUCACUCAGAUUCUAGCAGAACAAUAUACUGAGAUUCUACUGGAACCUUUGCUCAGACACUAAUGGAGCCUUCACCCAGAUUCUGAUGAGCCCUCACACAGGCUCUAUGUCGGACAUUCAAAUGGAACAGUCACACAGGUUCUAAUGGAAAUGUCACAUCAUGGCACUUCCAGUAGGAUUCAGCUGGAACAUUCAAUCCAGUGGAAAUUUCAUUCAUGGAAAUUCAUGGAAUGUUCAGUUGAUCCUGAUGGAACAUUUGUUCAUGUAAUAAUGGAACUGCUGCUCACAUUCUCAUGCAAAGGAUCACCCAGAUUCUAGUGGGACUGUUUACUGAUAUUCUAAUGGAACUUUCACUCAGAUUCUAAUGGAAUCUCUACUGGGAUCCCAAUGCAGCCUUCACUCAAGAGUGCACUCAGACUGGAGCCUUCACUUAGACCCAACAACCUUCAGGUACCGCAGAAAACCCUCAGCAAUCUGUUCAGUUCACCAGAGUCUCUCUCCACCACAUGUCUGCCACACCACAAUAAACCUCACUCUUACAGGACUGCUGAAAAUAAGGAGGCAAUAUUGAUCAACUUGAUAAUCAUUUAUUUAUUUAUACCUGUUUAAAAAAUGAGCAAAAAUGAUGUAGACAGUUUGUUUUUGAUCAUAAUACUCUCUCUUGGACUACUGAGCAGCUCUGCCUACAUGUCUUUCAUGUAUAUAAUGUAUUAUAUAUUUAAAGCAGGGAGCAUUGUUCUUCGGUCUACUAUCAUGUGGACAAGUUGGUAUUGAUCAAGCAUCUCAGAGUAGUGCACAUUAGUAAAUAGUGACAAAUAUUCUAAAUCAGCAUUCCUACGACUUAGACCUGGGCCACUGUCAGGUGGGGGCAACCAGCACAUCUGUCCCCAUAUAAGGGUGCCCUAAAGGGUAUGCAGAAUUAUCAAAUAUUCAUGCUAUGUUGUUGGUGAUUGUGUUUCAUUUCAAGUUUUAAUGCAAGACCUAGAAAUAUUUUCAGCUGCCCUAAAUGAGACAACAAUAAAUACUCAUGUUGUCUCUAAAAGCCAGAGAAGUGUGCACAGGGAUUGAUGAACAUAUGAACUUCUGUUGAAAGGUAUACAAUGAUGUCAAUGAUCAAGCCCUUGAUUUACUUCUCUUUGGUAUGGUUUGUUACACAUUGCUACUCAGUGCUUUAUUGCUAAAACUUGACCCUUUUCAUCGUAGUGUUCACCUAAGCAGGAACUGAGUUCUGACAGUAUAUAUAUCUUCUUUGCAAAUGACAUGCUAAUAUUUUUCUUGGUUAUACACAGUGUACUGCUAGUGCUGUGGCAUAAGAGUGGAAAUGAAAUGAGAUUGUAAAGCUAGUUUUAUAAGAGGUGGUAUCACUUGACUGUAUGAAAAGCAUAGAAAAGCACACAAGAAGAAUGUACGGUUUUAAAGGGGUAUUUAAAUUUUUUGGAGAACAUGUUUCGCUUUUAAACCUCCUUCUGAGUUCAACAGGAGUCAAAGUAAAAGGCCUCAUUGGUGGUAGAAAGCCGACCUCACUUGUGGCGUUUAAGCCUUUCCACCUGCUGUCAAGAUCAAGAUCAUACUUCUUGGCUGGUUUUAUAAAAGAAUGUGAGUGGGAAAUGGGCACAGUUGUUGUUCUAUAUGGGUAUGUGUUUUUAAAAGUCGAAAUGUUCUACCAGAGUAAAAGUUUGCUUGAAAGAUAAACAUCUGCAUAGUCUCUUUAGUCUACAUUUAUCACUUUAGAAGUUUGGCUCCAGCUUCUGCGUUAAUAUACUAUAUUGUAGUUUUAAUGGUUGGGAACAGUAGCCAUUUAGCAACAUUAGAUUUGUGGUUUUAUACCUUGUUUAAGCCACAGUGUACUUUUUUAUUCAAGCAGGUCUUAUUCUGGUCUUCAAAAAUGCAACCAACUCCUUGGCAGUAAAACAUAUAUACUGUAUGUAGACUGUUGUGGCUAUGCAGAUGUUUAAUUUAGCGGGGGAAUGCAUCAAUAACAUGGUGCACCUUUUAUAUUAGACAAUAUAAGGCAUGUACAGUGAAAGUAAUUGUGCUGGGUGCUUUUAAUUUACCACCCAACAUGUUUUCAAUUCAAGUUUCCUCAGUCAUAUGAAUACAACAGGCGUUUGAUGAAGUUUCACAGUGUUUUGGUCCUUUUCAAAUUUCAUGGCAUUGGCUUUUUACAACCACCCUUUUCAACUUAAUUUUCAACUUAAGACCUAUGCUUGGGGCAUGAACAAUUGGUGAAUAGUACACCCUUAUAAGUGCCUCUCAUCUUUCAAGCACCAUUAUUUCCUCCCCCGCCAAAAUGCUAUGCCCCAAUUGAGCCCCAAUUUUCUAUGUAUUUACUUUUUGCCAACAAUAUUUAUAGGCAAUAAGAAGAAUGUCAGACAAUGUGUAUGUUGGAACUAAUUUAAUUUGCACUUUAUGAGAAAUCUGUUGCCCUUUUGUUUGACUAAAAAUGUCUAGAGUUGACUGACUUUUUAGUGUUAAAGUUUUUCUUAAUUAUUUACUAUAUAAUUACUGUGUUCCCUUAUGCUGAUUAUAUCACUUUAUAUUCUCAAUGCUUGUAAAAUUUGACAGUUAAGCACAAGGCAUUGGUAGUAUUUUUCAAAACAAAUCAAAGCUAUAUAUAUAUGGGAAACUAAAGCAUCAUUGAUGUAGAGCACCAUUUCCUUGUGUACGGCACAACGAUACACCUUCAGAACGUAAGCACAGGGUUUGACAGAAAUCUUUUAGGACAGUGAGCGGAUUAUAUGAUUUUGUACAAAGGUCAAUAGCACUAGCCCUUAAUGUUAACAAACGUCAGCCAGACAUUUUGUCUGAGUGUUUGUAGCAUUUUAGAAUUACCACUGCUAAGUACAAAAGUGUGAAAACAGGUAUUGAUUUGUUGUCAUUGCAAACAACAACAAAUAUACAAUUUAUUUGAUAGAUGCUGCUGAGUGAAAUAUCUUCAUUAAUUCAAAUUAUUUAUUCUCAGCACUUUUGCAUUGGCAUGAUUUUAUCCUGUCCAUCUCUUAUUAAGCAAUUCUCAUUUAGCAGGAAGGAAAAAAGCACAGCAAACCAGCAGAGACUUGUAAAGAUUUAUUGAUGUGUUGUUACUCUACAAUGACUGUCAGCUAGGACUCCAUCAACCAUGCAGUGAAGUGUUUAUGCAGGAGCCAAUAUUUUAGUGUCAAAUCAAAUUACAUAACACGUUUGAUGUAACAUCUGAAUCAGCAACAAUAUACGCAUACAUUUCCAUAACAAGUUCUUGCAUUCGUACACAUUGGAGUUUGUUGAAAAUGGCUCUGUAAUAAAAGCACUGCAUAAACUGUUGGAUAGGAGGUUUGACUGAAUUUUAGCAAAUGUACAAAAGCAAUACCUGAUUAUUAAUAUUAAUAAAAUCGUAUUUGCAUACACAAAUACAUGGGGAAAUAGCAACCAUAAAAGGUUGCACUGACAUCUGAAUGGUUGUAAGACAUUUUAUAAAUAUGAAAACAUAGUGUCGGUGUCUUUUGAAAACCUCCAGAAAUAAAGCAGAUAAGUGGGCGGGGUUAUAUCUGGGCCAGGGUUCUGGUAGAGUCUGGAACAGUCCUAAUGUUUUCCUUAGACAAUAUUACUAUUUUUGACAAGCUGUUUGAGCAUUUCCAAUAUGUAGACGGACAUUUCAGUUGAAUCAUCAGCUCCAGUCAAUGAGCAACUGUUCAAAUAAAAAGUCAAAGGCACAAGACUGUGUAUGUCAAGAGUAUUGUUCCUGGUUGCAAGGAUGUUUGGAAUAAGUUUAAAUGGAUUUCAGAUCUCUAGCUGACAUCUUUGUCAUGGCAACAGCCAAUGAGGCUGGUGGGUAUUGUAGUAUUUUGUGCCACUGACAAACCACAUUGGGGUUGAAACAUUUACCACAGGUAUAAUGGUGUUGAAGACUCCAGUGUUUGUGUGUUGAGUAACACUGAGAUUAACGCUAAAAUUAAGCUUUCAAAUGCAAAUUUGCAGUUUCAAAAAUACUCCUGUUACCAAUGGCCCCGUCCACUUUAAAACUGUAUAGUUAACUUCUCCGGGAGUGGAAAAUAGGUACAUUUAUUGGGUCAUCAUGACACAUGCGGUCUUAGGGAAAAAUUCACUCUAAGUGUCAACAUUCUAAAGCAGGUAUGCGGUUAUUCGGUUUUUCCCAGGUUAAAGACAAUGAUCAUGUUAUCAGUAACUCACACAUAAGGUUUUAAACAACUGAACUGUUUUGUGAUUCUUUGAAAGCACAGUAAAAAUACUAGCAUAUAGAUGUGCUAUUGGUUUGUCUUUGAGACUGUCAUGUAUUAUGUUUGUGUUGAUGUUUUUGUAGUGUGUUAUCAAAUUCUAUAUUUUUGCAAUAAAAAUUUUAAAACAUCAA